AUGCUGCUUAAAUUCAUUUUAAUCGGCUUAUCCUACUUUUUUGGAAAAAUUUGUCCUCUACCCAAAAGACUUAAAGAUAAAGUUUAUGAGGAACUUUUUCAAAUUUAUGGCUCUGAGAGUUCGGAUAAAAGACCUGUAGAAUUUGAAGAUUUACAACAAUUGGAAUAUAUGGAAAGAGUAAUUAAAGAAACGAUGAGACUUUUUCCUGUGGUGCCUGUAGUUGCACGAAAGUUGUUGGAAGAUUUUUUGCUAGAUGGAUACAAUUUACCAAAAGGUUGUGGAAUACUGAUUUCAAUAUUUGCACUUCAUCGUAAUGAAAAAUAUUGGCCAGAUUCAUUAAAAUUUGAUCCAGAUAGAUUUCUGCCUGAAAGAGUUGAGAAACGAAGUUCAUAUACGUAUAUGCCUUUCAGUGUGGGUCCAAGAAACUGUAUAGGAAGUGUGUAUGCUAUGAUGUCAAUGAAGAUUCUAUUAGCUACUUUGCUUCGAAAAUAUGUUUUAAUAAAGGAUCACAUCACGCCAGUCAAGGAUAUGAAAGUUAAAGCAGAUGUUUUGCUUGACUCUGCUGAGCCCGUUACUAUGAGAAUUCAAAAGAGAGUGAAAUAAUCUACCUUAAAAAGCAUAUUUAGUUAAUAAAAAAUACAAUUCAUUACUAUUAUAUCUUAAAUAUUUUCAUUAAGAUUAUUUGUUCAUUUAAAAAACGUGAAUUGUUAUUAUAAGAAGCCAGGUAUAAAAAAACAAAUCU